AAAAAAAGGAACUCUUAUAUUCGGAGUAUAACACAACAAUGACUCUGAACUGACUGUAAAAUGUUACUCAAAUUCUUACUAUCCCAAAAGAUGUUAAUUAAGCUUCGGUGGAGCCUUCCGUUCCUACAUCAAAAGAAGAUGUCGUGGCUGGACCCGAAACAUCAAAAGAGUUAUCUAUAUAUAGUAAAUACUGAGUUCUGUAUUUACUUCUCUCUCGAGAGAAGGUGAAUAAUAAAUUAAAGAUGCUGAUUGGCCAUGAAAGUUGUCAAGUUGGAGAUGGAAAUUUAAAGGUAGGUGGUGAUGAUAAGCUGGUGAUUGGAAGGUGUAGGGAAAUGUGUUUUUUGACAUAAAUAUUCACACACACAUACAUUAUACAUUGCAUACAUGUCGUCAAAAUCAUUUUCGUCCUUUCCAUGGCCAAAUUUAUGGAUCCGGCCCGGAUCCAUUCAACCAGCAACCACAACCUCUGUGUCCUUACAUCAGCCAUACACUGCCCUAACCUGAGGUAACCUCCAACUCCUUCCUCCACCACCACUUAUCUCUAAUCAACAACUCAACCCGCCAUUGCCGACUUCUAUUUGUUCUCUUAUGUGAGGUAAAUUUUGGAUUGAAUCGAAGCUGCAUUUUGGAUUUUGAAUAGCUACCAUGGAUCACUGCGCUAUUCCGGAUAUCGAGAUCGAUGAGGACUGCUGCUCUCCUCUUCCCGUUGUUCCACAGCCGAAUGUUUCUGGAAAUACUAAGAAGUCUGCAGUGGCAGAAGAGGAAAUCAUGGAGUUACUGUGGCAGAACGGUCAGGUAGUGGUGGUGCACGCUCAAAACCAGAGAUCUGUUAAAAAACCGACUCCGUUCGGCGGCAGCGAUGCGACGACUCCGCUUCCUCCCGCCGGCGACGUCAGAUCAGCCGCGGUGGAUGAAAUGCCAGUGCCUCAGCAUCUGUUCAUGCAGGAGGAUGAGAUGGCGGCUUGGCUUCAAUGUCCUCUGGUUGAGUAUCCUAUCGACCGUUAUCUCGGAGCCGAUCUACUGUAUCCGGCAGCAUCAGCUGCGCCGCCUCAGCGCGACGGCCGGCCAUCCGCGUCUCAGAUCCGACAUCCACCGGCUCCUCAGUUAUCCGCCGACGCUCCUCGGCCGCCUAUACCUCCCGGAAGGCGAACAGAACCGGAAAGCGCGUCGCGUUUCCAGAACUUGGGAAACCUGCCGCGAUUGGCUCGCCCGAAUUUCAGAGCCGGAACGUCGAGAGACUCGACGGUUGUGGAGUCCAAUGAGACGCCGAUGGUAGGGAGAGAAUACAGAGUUUCACGGGUGGCAGACAGAGCAGCACAGAUUGCCGGCGGCAAUGUAGGAUGCGGGAUGGAAGCUGCUAGAACAUCAAACGGAGGAAAGGGAACGGGAACGUGUGAAUUGAGUUUGACGACGUCGCCGGGAAACUCAGGCGCCAGUGUCAGCGAAGAGAAGUCAAUAGCUCCGGUGGCGGAGGAUCGGAAACGCAAAGCAAGAGAAACGGACGAGGAGGGCCAUAACGCGGAGGCUGAGUCAGCGUCUGCUGAUGCAAAGAAGCAAUCCCGUGCUUCCGGAUCGACCAAGCGAUCUCGUGCUGCAGAGGUCCAUAAUCUCUCCGAAAGGAGGCGUAGAGAUAGGAUUAACGAGAAAAUGAAAGCUCUGCAAGAACUAAUCCCACGUUGCAACAAGUCAGACAAAGCUUCAAUGUUGGAUGAAGCUAUUGAGUAUUUAAAAUCAUUACAGUUGCAAGUGCAGGUAUUUUUCGUUGCAAAGAAGGUGGUUAUGCUCUUUCUCUUUUUGCUUCACAGUUCUGCAUUUCAUUCACUCAGUGAUGAUGUCAAUGAGCCAUGGAUGUGGAAUGAUGCCAAUGAUGUACCCCGGAUUCCAGCAGUACAUGCCUGCUGCAAUGAGUCUUGGGAUGGGGAUGGGAAUGAACCCACAGGUCGGACCGUACCCAACUGUUCUUCCAACUUCCUCCAUGCCAAACCCUUCCCCUGCAACAUCUUUAGGUCCAAGAUUCCCUAUGCCCACUUUUCCCAUGCCUCCUCCCUUUCCUGUUCCGGAUCCCUCAAGAAUUCCGGCUCCUAACCAGCCACCACCAGAUCCUAUGCUAAACUCUCUUGUCCCUCAUAAUAAUUCUAACCAAUCGCCUUUCCCAAUCCCCCCCACAGAUGCAUACCAACAUUAUCAGCUUGGUCUUCAUCACACCCAAGUCACACAUCAACCGAAGAUGGAACAUCAUAUUAACAAGCUAGCUAGCAGCAGCAAAGAUGUUAAUAACCCGACGAACCAUCAAUAUGGCUGAAUUCCAUGUGGAUAGUAUAUGUAAGAGGCGUCUUCCCCAAACUAAAUUUUGUAGUGUAAACAAAAAGAGGAACACAAUGCAGAAUUGCAGACACAUCUGGCAUAUUUCAUACAGAUGAAGCUUGCAGCUAACUUGUAAUUAGUAAACCAAUCUUCAUUGUGAUUUCAGUUAAUUAAUGGAAUUAUUUCUGAUUGUUUCCAGUUUAACAAUUGAACUGAGGCAAUCGUUUGACAAUAAUUAAUGGACUAGACUAUGUAAAUCCAAAGAAGCAACAUGUUCAUUCUGUAUUGUGUAAGGAGCCCUUUGGUGUGCGUUUGUAAUCCCAAAAAUGUCAAGGAAAGAAAAUAUGUAUGAAAAUGUAAGCAAAUUUUGGAAGGCACGAAAAC